UUAUAAAAAAAAAAAAACAUUCUAGCACUCGUUAAAAUUGAAAAAAGUUAAUGAAGUUACUACCAAGUCCUGACAAACCAAAAAACUUCAUAAUAUCGUACAGCAAAGAAUAAUCAUCUGAGAAAACGAAAGCGCGCUCGAACUUUGACCAAAUAAGGUCAGAAAUUCGGUCUGAGCACUCGACAACGUCCUCCCCGUUUUCUCCAAAUUCUCCAACCCCCACAGAUCCUCCGCCUCGUCUACAAUCGUAAAAACCACCCCAAAACUAUUCUCCAUCAUAAUACGCCCAUCAAUCCAUCGUGCACGUGCCCGUGGCUCGUUGAAUUCGCGAUAAUCCAGCCGAAAUUUCGGAGUCUCCAGACGCGAGGCGAAUGCCGGCGUUCCACACCCGACCAAUCCGCGGCUUCAAAUCCGGGGCGUCGACCAAUCGGAGACCACGAGUGCACGCGAUGGCGAAGGAAGUCGUCCAUUGUUAUUUAUCCGUCGUACGAGUGCACGCGGCUGUCCUCGUCGUCGAGUAGGUUCUUCUUCGUGAGUAAUUUCGAAGCGUUUGUUUAAGCGUUGAUCAAAAGCCCGAAGAGUGAGGAAGCCAGAUAAUCAUGUCGACGGUUGCGAGUCCCCUUGCCGUCGGUGGCACGCGGACAUCCGGAGCCCCGGUCCGCACGCAGAACGUAAUGGCUGCGUCGGCUAUUGCCAACAUUGUCAAAAGCUCUCUUGGACCGGUUGGUCUUGACAAAAUGCUUGUCGAUGACAUUGGUGAUGUUACAAUUACUAACGAUGGAGCUACUAUUCUUCGUCUUUUGGAAGUUGAACAUCCAGCAGCUCGUGUUCUCGUAGAGUUGGCACAGUUGCAGGAUGAGGAAGUUGGUGAUGGUACUACUUCAGUUGUCAUCAUAGCUGCUGAACUACUAAAAAAUGCAGAUGAGCUUGUUAAACAGAAGAUUCAUCCUACUUCAGUCAUCAGUGGUUACAGAUUAGCUUGCAAAGAAGCCUGCAAGUAUAUUCAGGAGCACUUGACUGUUUCUGUUGAAGAACUUGGAAAGGAUUGUUUGGUCAAUGUUGCCAAAACCUCAAUGUCCAGCAAAAUUAUCAAUGCUGAUUCCGAUUUCUUCGGUAAUAUGGUAGUAGAUGCCGCAAAUGCCGUAAAGAUCAGCGAUGGUAAAGGCAAUGUCCUCUAUCCGAUCAAGGCUGUCAACGUACUUAAGGCCCAUGGUAAGAGCGUGCGGGAAUCGACGAUCAUUCAGGGUUACGCGCUCAACUGCACCGUCGCUUCGCAGCUCAUGGUCAAGAAGAUCGUAAACGCCAAGAUCGCCUGCCUCGACUUUUCCCUGCAGAAAGCAAAAAUGAAGAUGGGUGUUGAGGUACUCAUCAACGAUCCUGAGAAACUUGAGGGCAUCCGACAACGCGAAUCCGAUAUUACCAAGGAGCGUAUUCAGAAGAUUCUUGCCACUGGUGCUAACGUCAUUCUGUGCACUGGUGGAAUCGACGAUCUGUGCCUCAAGUACUUCGUGGAUGCUGGAGCGAUGGCCGUGCGUAGAUGUAAGAAAGUCGACCUGAAACGCAUAGCCAAGGCAACUGGAGCUCAUUUCUUAACGUCGCUGACCAACAUGGAGGGUGAGGAGGCUUUCGAUGCUAACUUCCUUGGUGAAGCUGCAGAGGUGGCCACUGAACAAAUCUGUGAUGACGAGCUUAUCGUUAUCAAGGGACCAAAAGCCAGGACAGCGAGUUCUAUCAUCCUUCGCGGACCUAACGAUUAUUAUUGCGACGAAAUGGAGCGUUCGAUUCACGAUGCCUUGUGCGUAGUGAAGCGAGUCCUCGAGAGCAAAUCUGUUGUCGCCGGAGGUGGUUGCGUCGAAGCGGCUCUUUCUAUCUAUCUUGAAAACUUCGCCACUUCAUUGAGUUCCCGGGAGCAGCUCGCAAUUGCCGAGUUCGCUCGAUCUCUCCUGGUCAUCCCCAAGACAUUGGCUGUAAAUGCGGCGCAGGACGCCACUGAUCUUGUUGCCAAGCUUCGUGCUUACCACAAUUCCAGCCAGACAGUUGUCAAUCACGCUCAUCUGAAAUGGGUUGGUUUGGACUUGCUUGAGGGUACGAUCAGAGAUAACAAGAAGGCUGGAGUUCUCGAGCCGGCAAUUUCGAAAAUCAAGUCACUCAAAUUCGCUACGGAAGCUGCCAUCACGAUUCUGAGAAUCGAUGACAUGAUCAAGCUUGACCCGGAAAAGUCAAAGGAUAAGUCGUACCAAGAUGCUAUGCAGUGCGGCGAGCUGGAGGGAUGAAAUUGAAUUAAAUGUAUUGAAUGUUUAUUAUUAAUUAGAUUAUUUCAUACCGCUCACAGACUGUUUUUUACGGAGGACAUUUUUAUAAAGACAUAAGUCCAGCAUCUCGGUUAUUGCAGUAUUUCCAAAAUUUUGGAUGAACGAGGAAUGUCUGGUUAAAUUCUACGGCCGUUGCAGAACCAAAUCAAUUAUUCUCAUACGUAUUCAGCGAACAAUCACCAAGUUGUAAUGCAACCAACACAUGAAGCUUGUCACAUUGCGAUUGCACUAAUGAUGAAUGGAACAUUUUAAAUAAAGCUUUUUUCAUUACUACAUGAA